ACACGUUUUGUGAAUUUUUAGUCACCUCUUAUGUGCGAGGAUUUCACGCUUAAAAAGAUGUCUCUCCUCCUCUAAUUGGCGAAGACUGUUUGGACAGUGCGCGAGAAAGAAAAUGUACAUGAUGGGUUUGCAGUAGCAGUUUAUCGCUAUGACCUCGUAAAUGAAAAAGUGGUUGGACAUUUGCUACUUAAUUUCUCUAAGGUAGUUUGUAAGUUCUUACAACUCCCCAAUUCCACAGACCGCUGCAGUGUCAUUGAAAAAACAGAGGGGCAGGAUCAGAACUGAAAAUUUCUGUUACAUACAUGCUCCGAGGACUACAGAGAAAGAAAACAAGUGGGUGAAGAAGGCUGUAGGACCAUAACUCGAAAUAAACAAUGAUGUGAAAAAGAAGUGCUUACAAUUAAAGUUGGUUACCAUGAGCAUCCAAACUCUUCCCAAAGAUAAAGAAUCUUGCUCUAAUGAGUUCAAUGAAAUAAUUCGUAAAGCUCUACAUUCUCUCAACAUUGGUGCAGUUGUUGCUGUGCCAACAGAUACGAUAUAUGGAAUUGCAGCAUAUUCACAAUCUACAUCAGCUGUUGAUAAAUUGUAUGAAAUCAAGAAAAGGCACAGAGAAAAAGCAAUUGCGAUAUGUGUUGGUAACAUUGAAGAAGUUAAAAGAUGGGGGAAAGUAACCGUCUCUGAUGAAGUGCUUCACGACUUGCUACCUGGAGCUGUCACCCUCAUUUUCAAAAGAUCUGCUGAACUAAACCCUAACUUGAAUUCUGCAACAGAUUCUAUUGGCAUUCGUAUACCAAGAUGUGCGUUUAUUCAACAGUUAGCUCAGGCAUGUAAGCAACCGCUUGCUCUUACAAGUGCGAAUAUAUCAUCAGCAAUGAGUGCAUUGAAAAUCGAGGAAUUCAAAGAAAUAUGGCCUCAGCUUGAUCUCAUUGUCGAUGCAGGUACCAUAGGUAACACAGAGGAGUCUCGCCUUGGAUCAACAGUUGUCGAUCUUAGCUCUCCAGGAGAAUUUCUAAUAAUACGUAAAGGAUGCGCCUAUCAGCAUGUUAUGUAUGUUUUAGAAGAGAAACAUAAGCUAAGAAACAAACUGGAAUCGUGAACAGCCUUUGAUUUUGUGCACAAUUGAGGAGUGUAUGCGUACGGGCAGUUUAUUUGAGCGUUGUGGUAUGGGAUAGCUUAUAUAAAGAACCUAUUAAACGACAUUUUGAAUAUGGUCGAAUAUAAACAUUUUGUGUGGUCAAAUAUACAUAUUUUAUAUUUAAUUUAUUGUUCUGUAGUUUCAGCCUUUGGAACUUCAAAAUGGUUUGUGUGUAAUGUAAUUUUGUUAAGUUUUUUAAAAAUAAGCUUAGUAACAGCACUGAACGAACCAUCAAAAGUUUAUCAAGCAGACAAUAAAAGUUUCGUUAAAUGUGUACUCUAAGGUUUAACCUCAACGCCCAAUAAAUUUCGAAUGAAGUCAAAGGGAGAUAUCCUUUUUCCGAUGGGAUUUAUCGAAUUAAAAAUUUUCGGCUUGUGGUUGAUUUUAGAAUUUUGUGGAAAUAAUUUCGCGUUUUUAUAAGAGCUUUAAAUUUUGCAAAGAAUAUAUUGAAAAACUCGCGCAAUCGCGAGAAAGAUGGAUUUUAUUCUUCCUACUCUCUACUUUGAAAGAAGAAGUGAAGCGGUGUUAGUAACAGUAUCUCUUACAGGUUCAUAUAGUUUCAGAUGUUUUAGGAACACUCAGACGAUAGACAAGCAUGCGAUUACAAAUCUAUUUAUGACUUAAGGCUACCACGCUUUUACCAUGUUUUUACCAUAGUAUUAUAAUAUUGUAUAUGCUAGUAAGAUAUAAUAUGUUAAUGAAAUUUUAUACACACGCUAACUUCUAUUUGUAUACGUCAUUUUUUACGCAAAACAACACUAGUUUGAA